AUGUUUGCUCUUGUUCUUGCACUUGUGUUUGCUCAAAUCAACGCAGAGAAGUCUAACCCCGACUGUUCGACAGCAUCUUGUGUUUCUUGUAACUCUGGAUCGGACAAAUGCGUUGAAUGCAAGACCAAUUAUAUUUUGAGUGAUGGUAUUUGUAUUCAUAAGAGUGAGGCACACUGUGAUCAGGUCUAUCAAGGCAAUUGCGAGCAGUGUGAGACUGGUUAUCAACUUGAUGCAACAACAAAGAGAUGUGUUGAGGGCGAUUAUGCAUGCCAGCAAUACAAUGCCGAUGGCACAUGUUCAUCGUGUUCAUUCAAUUACAAGUUUGUUGACGGCGUUUGUACACAGUGUGCUGAAGUUGCACAUUGUUCUGCAUACGAUGACAAUUGCACGUGCACUGAUUGUUUCCUCAAUUACCACCCAUCUGUUGAUCACCUCUGUGAGACACAGGACAUCUACUGCAUCAACUACAGAUUGGUCGACGAAGCGUAUCAGUGCGAUUCAUGUGUCACUGGCUACUAUUG